AUGGCAAUGACCAUCCCACCCGAGGCCGCGAACCUCCCCGACGGAUGGACACUCACGCCCGUCCCGGUGGGCCCGGAUACCCCAUUCUCGGCCCACGGGAAGCACGAAGAGUUCUCGCACGCCACGUGGUACAUCAUGGGCCCCUGCCGCCAGACCCGGUGCGUGGGCACGAUGGUCCAGUACCUGAUCCCGCAGGUCCUGCGGCUGCCCGGCGAGAGCUGGGAGGCGGAGUGCCUGGGGAUGCUGGUCUGGUUCGGGCUGCCGGCCGUGCACUGGACCUUCCAGACGACGAAGCCCGCGUACGGCGUCGUGCGCGCGGGGACCGAGACGCAGCUGUACCGUGAGGUGGUCGGGGAGGUGCCGGCGCUGCGCCCGCCCGUCCAGGAUGCCACCUUCCCCAAGGGCGAGCCCCCGCGCACGAUCUACCGCUACGAGUUCCGGGGCCGCAAGACCUUGGACUGGAUCGCGGACGAACCGCUCAUCGCGCAGUGGACCCGGAUGGUCGAGAACGACCCCUCCUUUACGCCGGACCUCGGGUCGCUGAUCAGUUGCGCCAUCGAGCCGCCGCAGAAGGAGCCUCCGCGCCUCCCGGAGUUCAAGCCCGUCAAUUUGCUUUCCGGGAUAGAUCACGUCCGAUGUUUGGCGAUUGCCGAGGCCAUUGAUGCGGCGUACAAGACUGCGGGGGCAAAGGCUGCUGAUGCUGCUGCUGGUGCUGCUGGUGCUGCUGGUGUUGAUGUCAGUAGUGCUGAUGGGGCUGAUACCAAGGGUACCAAUAAGCCUUGA